AUGCCCCUGUUUGUCGAAUCUCCCAUCCCCCCUCAACUCGAUCUCACCGGUCCUCCUUCACAAAUCUUUACUCCCACGAGAUCCUCCGCCUCGUCGGCCCUGUACCGUACCAUCUCGCGUAAAAGAUGUCGCCACUACGAGUCCGGGGCUCGUGCCUGGACUGAUCCCUCCACCGACCUUAUCAGUGCCACUCCGCUCAGUUCCCCGGACGGUUAUCACCCUUCCAUGUCCCAUCUGGGGACUGACGAUCUCCCCUCCGAGAGUGACUACUAUCGCCCAAAUCGCUACAAGGACUACCACCCACAUCCCUUUGACGGCAGUAUCGAGUCCUUAGCCGAGACCAGCGAGGUCCGUCGCAAACGCAGCCGUCGGGAUCAUCAUACCUUGCUGUCGGCCCCGCCCGCUGCAAACGAGAAGAUCGCUUUCCCCGAAGACUACGGCCACCACGAGGACUACAACCCGGGGCUUAUGUCCCCCGCCGCCCCGGUCCGCUGGACCCGUGCGGUGCUGGGCGUGGUGGGCAAAGUCUGGGGAUUCUGCUGGUCGGGCGCGUUUCGGGGAUUCUACGCCGGCGGAGGUCAAGGAUAUGCCAUGACGGUCGAGCAGGGUCCCUCGGAGAAACAGGAUACUGUGCUUCCCUCUGCAUCACCUAUGUAUCACGAAAGAGACGCGACGCCAGUCCCUGGGGGCUAUCCAGAUGAUGAAAUCCGGCAGAACUGGGUGAUGGUGCCCUCACGAGAUAACGCCGACAAUGCCGCAUCGUCGUCUCGCAAGCGCCGAGUCCAGCCUCCUCACCAUCGCCGAGCUGGCUCUGCACUCAUGCGUCGCCGACAGUCAGGAAACCGAACCCUCUUGUCGACUCCCUCGUCUUCAGGGCUACCCUCAGCGCACUUUUCCUCGCCCGCUAAGCCCCGCGAGACUCCCGUUUCAGUGGAGACGCAGCGAUACAUGGCCCAGCGCCGUCGGAUCGAGCGCGAAGAAGACGCUAGUAUCAGUCGCUUGAAUCGUCAGCUUCAAGCCAUGAUCAAAGAGGGUCAACAGGCCCUGGGAACCCGCGUGGAGGUUGACGACUACAUGGAAGAAUGA